AACUGUCAGCAUGGCGGACUACGAAGAAGUUUUGACGCAGUGUAUUCCAACAAUCGACGAUGAGAUAGUAACCUAUGUUAAUAGUAUCCUUGAAGAUAGCCAUGAUGAUUUUGAUGAUUCCGAUGCUUUGUUUGAGGCCAUUGGUGAUGUUCUCAUGCAAACUGACAUUAGCAAAUCAGAAGAUGAAAUUAGACAGAUUUGUAAAGAUCUACACGAUAUUUUAAUUGGGUCAAAGACUGGAACAACUGCAGCCAACAUAACCAAUGGCACACGUCGGAUGCUGAAUGCUCCUUUACAGAUGUCGGAGAUGGUGAAGAAGGAACAUGAUGAACGUACAGUUACCAGUAGUAAUAUAUGGCUGACUAAAAAGGAUAUGGGUUCAGCUGUGGAUCAAACGAAAUUAGCGAAAGCUGAACAACAAAUUCAAAAGAAGAUCACAAGAAAGACAGAAACCAAAACUACUAAAAAACCAGCUGAGAAAGAAGAGGAAAUGGCCAGUGCGAGUCAGCAGUUCAACAGAAAAGAUACCAAAUUUGAUGCCUCUGGUCAAAACAGAUCUUUGGAUAUUAAAAUUGAUGAUUUUGAUAUAUCAUUUGGUGAAAAACAACUUAUUAAAGGAGCAUCUAUACAAUUGUUGUGUGGUAGAAGAUAUGGCUUUGUGGGCAGAAAUGGAUUGGGUAAAACAACUCUCCUCAAAUUAUUGUCAAGAGGUCAUUUAAAGAUUCCAUCACAUAUAUCCAUACUUCACGUAGAACAAGAAGUGGUCGGUGACCAAACAAUUGCUUUAGACAGUGUGUUAGAAUGUGACGAAGAAAGAAAUCGAUUGUUGAAAGAGGAAAAAGAAAUAAAUGCACAAUUAAGUUCCAGUCCCACAAAAACAGAUGCCGGUGUAUCAACAAGAUUAAAUGAGAUAUACCAACAACUAGAGGCCAUGGAGGCUGACAAAGCACCAGCUAAAGCUGCCGUAAUCCUUGCUGGUCUGGGAUUCACACCAAAGAUGCAGGGACAAACCACAAAGGAAUUUUCUGGUGGUUGGAGAAUGAGAUUGGCUCUGGCAAGAGCUCUGUUUACAAAACCAGAUCUAUUGUUACUUGACGAACCUACUAACAUGUUGGACAUGAAAGCUAUAAUCUGGUUGGAAAACUAUUUACAGAAAUGGCAAACGACAAUGUUAGUCGUAUCUCACGACAGAAUGUUCCUUAACGCAAUAUCUACAGACAUUUUAUACUUAAACAACCGGUUGAUAGAAACAUACCGAGGCAAUUACGACAUCUUUCAUAAAACACGGGAGCAGAGACUUAUAAACCAACAGAAAGAAUAUGAGGCACAAGUGCAAUACAGAGAACAUCUACAAGUGUUCAUCGAUAGAUUUAGAUAUAAUGCCAACCGAGCUGCAUCUGUACAGAGUAAACUGAAAAUAUUAGAAAAAUUACCGCCAUUAAUAGCUGUUGAAAAAGUAUCUACUGUCACUUUUAGAUUUCCAGAAUGUGAGAGAUUAUCUCCCCCUAUUUUACAGUUGGAUGAAGUUGGAUUCUACUACUCCAAAGAUCAAGUUAUAUUUAAUAGUAUAUGUGUCAAUGCCGAUAUGGAAUCUAGGAUAUGUAUUGUAGGAGAAAAUGGUGCUGGUAAAACUACUUUACUGAAAAUUUUACAAGGAGAAUUGUCUGUGACGUCAGGAAUAUGCCACACCCAUAGAAAUCUCAGUAUAGGAUACUUCAGUCAGCAUCACGUCGACCAACUGGAAAUGGAUCAAACAUCUUUAGAAAUGAUGGCAGAAAAGUUCCCAGGUAAUAAUUCAGAAUUAUAUCGAAACAAGCUAGGUCAGUUUGGUGUGAGUGGGGAUUUGGCCUUGAGACCGGUUUCCAGUUUAUCUGGAGGACAGAAAAGUCGGGUGGCUUUUGCUGUACUGUGUAUGCAGAACCCAAACUUUUUAAUUCUUGACGAACCUACUAAUCAUUUAGACAUGGAAACCAUUGAUGCACUUGGGCAUGCUCUACUCAAAUUUAAGGGAGGUGUCAUUUUAGUUUCUCACGACGAACGUUUGAUAAGAAUGAUCUGCAAGGAAUUAUGGGUUGUCCAAGGAGGAACUGUUCGGACAUUAGAAGGAGGCUUUGAGGAAUACAAGCAUAUUGUAGAGAAGGAGUUAGAAAUGAACUGUUGAUAAUGGCUGUAUUUUAGAUACUUUUUCUGUGAUUGAUCGAACUUGAUAGUAUUUAUUUUUACUUUUGGAGACGGUAGUCUGCAGAAGAGGGAAACUAAUGAAGAAUUGACAUCUCUUCACAUGAUUAAAAUCCUUAUCCUA